AUGUCAUUUGAUUAUUCUUCAUUUUCAUUUGAGCCAACUACUCCACCACAGUUCACAUUUGAGGAGCCUUUAAUUAGUGCUCCUUUCAGACUUGGUCAUUCUCGAUCAGGUUCGCAAGUGUCAAUCUAUUCUCGAGAUUCAUCUCCAUCCGAUUCUAUAAGCAUCUCGAGUACCCAAAUGACUACUCCGGCUAGAUCACCAAUUAGACAACAUGGCCCACUUCUCCUACCCAAGAUUCGUCCACAAGAUCAGGAGAUCAAUGCUUCGCCUUCAACUGGAUUGAGAGUAACCAAAACAUCAAAAAAGAAUGUCGCUAGUCGUGCAUCCAAACCUACUCAUAAUAGGAGCUACACGAAUCCCGAGACAAUCGUAUUUAACUCUGAUAUAUUCCCCUCGAACACUCGUCCAAUGUCCACUCUUUGCUCACCAAUGUACGCUGUCCAAUCGGUUGAAAGUCAGCAACACAGACGUUCCUCAAGCUCCAGUCUUGAUGGUCAAACACUCGGCAAAUAUGGAUUCCCAACGUAUCGUCAAAUGCCAGACUACAUACAAUCUCCAAAUAUGGCAGUCAUGGAAUCAUACUCGCCACAACCACAUGAGCGAUACCCAACUCCUGCACGUGAGCCAUCUCCCCUUGCUCAAAUGAGCAGCAUAGACGACAUUCAUCCCAUCCUUCUCUCCGAUAAUUCAACAUCCAACCUCGCCACCUACCUCACCUCUCCCAACCCCGCUCCAGCUUUAGUCCGUCAACUCAACAUCCAUGUCCGCGACACAAACGCCAAGCAUUUCUGGUGGGACAUCCGACAAAUCCGACCCUGGACCUCCUUCAACACCACCACCAUUUCCUCCAUCCCCGAUUUUCACCAUCUACUCAACCUCGGAAUCGCAUCCAACAGUUUCCAACAACCCUCCCGCGCAUGCAACAAUCCCGAGAACGAACACGAAUUGCAAAACAUCUACACCCAAUUCUACGCUACAAAACUCAACAACGCACUUUCCAUCUCCCAAGGAACCCGUCAUCUCAUGAUGCGCGCCUCAUCAGCCAUGGGACAGAAAUCCGGCGAUCCAUCGUUCAUCUCCAACUACACCGACGACAACUCGCAACUGAUCUAUGGACGAGGACUCGGUCGCGUCGUCGGACUAGUCAAAUCCUUCGACCGCUGGAACACCGGUAUGCGGGUCGAGGGCAACCAUCGCAAGGUGGAGUAUCUCCGGGGCCUCGCGCAUCUGCACAAAUGCAUGCGCGAACACGGGUGUCGCUAUGGAUUUAUCAUGACGGAAAUAGAACUUGUGGUGGUACGCAACGGAAGUGAAUCGGUACCGCAUUUUGGAUAUCUCGAAGUGCAGACGAUUCAACUGGCUGCGCAUUCUGGUUCUGUGUCUGCCUUUUCCGAGAUGGAGAAUGGUGUCGAGGAGGAUAAGUUGGAGAAUAUGACGGCGUUGAUGGCGUUGUGGUAUUUACAUAUGCUUGCACGAGAUGAGAGGUUGCCGGGUCAGAUGACUUGGAAGACGGAGAUUGGAGCGCCGGCUGAGGGGACUAGGAGGAAGAUUUUGCCAAAGGAUGAUUGGAUUCCCGAACCGCAGUUGGCGGAGAAGAGAGAGGCGAAGAGGGGGCGUGGCUGGGUUUGGCCGGAGGAGGGGGUAGGGAGGAAGGAGUUGGGAAAGAGGGGUGUGAGGUAUUAG